GUCAAAGAAAGGUUAAGUAACUUGACCGACAUAACUCACCUGGCAGGUCCUGCUGACCUUCCUCUGGUGGACCAUCCUGAUCAGCUGAGCUUGCCUCGCUCUCUUGUUAUUUCCGGGCAGGCUUCAUAAUCUCUUGGACCUCUCUCUUUCCUGGGAAGAUGUUCCUGGUGGGCCUGACAGGAGGCAUCGCCUCUGGCAAGAGCUCAGUAAUCCAGGUGUUCCAGCAGCUGGGCUGUGCGGUGGUUGAUGUGGAUGUCAUUGCCCGGCAUGUUGUCCAGCCAGGAUACCCUGCGCACCGGCGCAUUGUGGAGACCUUUGGCACUGAGGUCUUGCUGGAGAAUGGUGACAUCAAUCGCAAGGUUCUGGGGGACCUGAUUUUUAACCAGCCUGACCGACGGCAGCUGCUCAAUGCCAUCACUCAUCCUGAGAUCCAAAAGGAAAUGAUGAAAGAGACCUUCAAGUACUUCCUUCGGGGAUACCGCUAUGUAAUUCUGGAUAUCCCCCUGCUAUUUGAGACCAAGAAGUUGCUCAAGUACAUGAAGCAUACGGUGGUGGUAUACUGUGACCGGGACACACAGCUGGUGCGGCUGAUGCGGCGGAACAACCUGAACCGAGAGGACGCAGAGGCCCGCAUCAAUGCACAGCUGCCCCUGACAGAGAAGGCCCGCAUGGCCCGCCAUGUCCUAGACAACUCGGGCGAGUGGAGCAUCACCAAAGGCCAGGUCAUCCUCUUGCAUGCCGAGCUGGAGCGCUCCCUGGAGUACCUGCCACUGAGGCUUGGAGUCCUCACAGGUCUGGCUGGCAUUGUCAGCCUCCUCUACCUGCUCACCCGCUACCUUCUGCCUUACCCCUAGCUGGGCACUCCAUGGCAGGAAACCCCAGGCCUCCAUCUCCUUGGAGGCUGAAGCCAGGUAACACAUCCUGUUUCCUCACAUCCUCCUGAAAACACGUGACACAUAUAUGGACACUCUGAAUCGGGCUGGGCCCCCUGCAGAGGCAGAGAAACAGCCCACUGUCAGUGGGGCACUUACCCAGAGCGCCUUCCUCCUCUGGUACCACCUAUAGAAUAAUGUCCAUGAUGGUACAUGACAGCAAUAGUUAGAGACUGGCAGACUGGGGAACAUUGUCUCUGUGGCCCUCACUAGUGUUUAGAGCUGGGAGGCCGAGUGUUCUCUAGGCUUGAACCCCCUCUGAAGAUGUUCCCAGUGAUGGCCCAGACCUCCUUACUGGACCCUAGGAAAUCAUUUUGGA